AUGAAAUUUUCCACUGUCAUUGUUCCUCUUGCUGCUGCUAUGGCUGUUUCCGCAGCCCCUACUCCUUCAGAGUAUUCUGCUUCUGCUUCUUCUGCUUCUGACAUUGCUGAAGCUACUUCUUCUUCAACUGUCCCCACUGAUGGUCCUCUUCCUAACUCUCUUCCUGAUGUUGAUGUUACCAAGAUCAUCUCCAUUUCCUCAGAUCUCUACCCUAUUGGAAUCUCCAAUGGAACUCACUACUUUGUGUAUCUUGUGGAUGCUUCCUCCAUUUCCACAGAAGAUACCGAUGCUGAAUCUGAGGCUACUGCUACUGCUUCCGCAGACUCUACUGGGAUUGAAAAGCGUGCUCCUCGUUGGAUCUGGUGGAAACCUUUCCCUGGUGAGCCUGCUUGGAAAAAACGUGAUGCUAUGCCUGAAGCAGAAGCCAACCCUCGCUGGAUUUGGUGGAAGCCUUUCCCUGGUGAGCCAGCUUGGUAA